AUGAGGCCUGUCAGGCCCAGGGUGGCAACGUACGGCAGGAGAUGAGGCAACAUGGUUAUGGAGGAUUAGCUCAAUAUUGAAAUCAAAUCCAAUCUUAUUUUUUAUCUGUUUUCACAAAUGCACUCAGUGCAAUAUUGCGAUUUGUCCCUGCCCUGGAAGACCCUGACAAUUGAAUUUCCAGUCAAUAGUUGCAGAUAUUGUACUUGCUAGUUAUUGUGCUCGCCAUCAUUGUAUCACUAUCCAGUAAAGGACUGACCACUCACUGUUUUUCCCGACUAUUGUCUUUGAUAGUUAAUUAUGUAGAUGCAGGUUACUUGUUGUAACAAUGAGUUAUGGGGAUUCGGACAUGCUUGUAACCAUAUGAUAUAUAAUGCAUUUUAUUUGAGGAUCACCAUGCAUCCUAAACUGAAUGUUUAUGUAUUACAAAAAUAUCCUGGUGUGCUAGCUGCAUGUAACAUCACUUUAAAACCCUACUGACCGUGGAGAAAGCAGUAAUAAUACCAUUCUUUCUCUGAUGAAAAAUGACCAUUGAAAGGAUUUGUAAGAUGGCAAACUGAAUGAAAUGGCAAUCAUUGAGCACCCCUGAUGAAUAUGCUAAUCCAUCUCAUUAAUAUUCAUUACGCUUUAAAACUCACAUAAUACCCCACUGUGUCUGCUGAUUUCUGUCCCCGAAAAUAAUAGUGAUGAAAACGAAAAAACUCUUGCCUGCCAUGUCAAAUUGUCACUCUUUAAACCACAUUUCCUAUGGAAAGUGGUGGGAGGAUAUUCAGAGCUCAAAGCCCUAAUCGUGAAGAUGACCUGUAAUUUCCAGUGUUCAGUCUGGAAUCUGAACACUAUCUUUGCUCAGCCUCUUAGCUCUUCAGAGCAGCAGUCCUGUUUGAUCAGCACAAAGGGAAUGGAGGAUCUGUUUGGGCAUCCCCUUGUGAAAUUGGUAGAUGGAGUAGUAAUAGGCAGUCAAAGCUUUACAAAACAUGAGACAUCCUAAUCAGCACAGAGGAGCAGCAGACAGGGUAUUGUGUGGUUUUUAAAGGUAUCCUUGACUUAUAUCCUUCUCUGACAUCUAUAGCUACUCAAUUAUUGUUGUUGUGCAUUUAGUCAGGGUUGUGUUUUUGUAGGUGUAUUAUUCUCUAUUUUUGUUGGACCACGCAACCUACUGCAGGCAACCAUCAACAAAAGUUGCUCUGACACAGUUUAUAGAGAAAUGCUUAACAUGUUUUUUGUCAUAUUGUUCUAUUGAUGUACUCCAUUUUGAGGUGCUUGUGUCAGACCAUAACUGUGAACUGAAGAGGGGGCUACUGAGAGACUACAGAAUGAGACAGUCAGUGUCGGUGUUGCAGACAGCAUUGAGUUAUGUGUUGCUCACUUUAGUUUCAAAUUUGGUUUCUUUUCUAUAUACCGCUAGUCGUGGCUACCUCAAAUGCUGUGAACCCUUUGUUAGGUGCAUUACUUUAUACUGGCCCCUGGCCGUUUACCUUAUCCUCCGAGGAUCCCAUGACCGUAAAUACAGAGGAUUAUAACAGAGAGUUCAUUGCUGCUUUGUGGAGGUUGAGUGUUAGUUUGAAAAAGUUUGCUAACAGAGCUACAUUAUAUACACACUUUGAAGAAUGCAUUUCCAUUGGCUCAGAAACACUUUGGAGACAAUACAGAAACUAAAGCCAGACACCUGAUCAGUCUCUGAAGAAGCCUGAGGAUAAGGGCCAAUCAAACAGGUUUGAGAAGCCAAACAGAGGACCCAGUGUCUGAGAGACAAAGACAACACCAAUCUAACCGCAGGGCCAGGCAAGCUGUGCUCACUCCAGGCUUUGCACUCUGCUUCGUCUUUAUGUACAGUAAUAGUAUGCGGUCGUACAGUUCCGCUUCAGUAUAUAGGGAAUAAUAAUGCAUCAUCACAUCUCCUCAGCUGUUAGCGAACGCAAGGGACCCUUUUUAUUUUACAAAUCAUGAGUCCCAUCAUGCAUGGCAAAGAGCUGUAAUCCCACAUAGAACGAGAUAACGAAGGAACGAGAGAAUUAAAGAUUGAGAGAAGGAGAGACUCUAAUUACUAGUGAAUACAGCAAGUAGAGAAACAGGGUCGUUGCAGACUGGAUACUAAACGAGCCGUGGCGGAUUGACAUAGUGGAACCAGGGCCCAUAUUUUUGUCUAAGAUAUCAUACUAGCAAAGCAUAACUAAGGUUUGCCACAGACAGGCAGACUGACUGCCAUACAGACAGACAUUGCUUACUGUUGAUUAAUUUUAGUGUUGGGAGAAUUAGUCAGCCUCCUUCUAUCCACCAGGGCCUUAAAAUGAAUGAAUCAUGAAAGCUGUUUUCUUGGCAAUUAAACCAUGUUGAAAUUGGUUGGGAACAGUGUGUAUGCAAAUCAAAUGUAAAUAAGGAUCAGAUUGUCCCAUUCCGUCUCCAUCACAACCAAACACAUCAUCAUCAUCAAACUGAGCAGCAUCUCUCUGGUAACUAGGACAAGGUUGUUUAGACUUUAAGCUGAACAAAAACACAUUCAACACAACACCGAUUUGUUUGACUUCUACAGGACCAGAUCAAAAACUGCCUACAUCAGCUCUUCUCUCAUAUUGGAUUAAGCAUGUCAGCAGACCUAAGGGUUCUUAUCAAGAAAAAGAAAAAAGAAACCACUUGAGAAGUAUGACUCAUCAAAGGCAAUCAGCGGCUCUAAAUCCUCAAAUAGAAUUCAGCUGGGCCUGUUGCUUUGAGUUAGAGAGGGAAGAUAUCAAAAUGAAUUUGUGAAAGAUAAGGUGUGGAGCAUCUAGAUAAGGCUUGCAUGCCAUCUGUCCAUCAGCGCUUUGUGUUUAUCUGUACUCUCUCCUCACUUGGCGCAGAUUAAGCUCAAUCAGGACCCGGGCAGCCCUCUGUCAUACUGAUUUCCUAUUGACAUCUGCCCUGGUAUUGUGCUGUAUGUUUGCUAAGCUAAAGAUAGGGAUGUCUGCUUUGUUUACAGUGUUUUAAAUCAAUGGGCAUUAAUGUAAAUGAAUGCAUGUGUUUACAUUAUAACAGCUUGGGCUCUCGGUUGUUAUCUGUGUAUUUGAUGUUAUCAACCCCAGAUGUAAAAGCGUGUCCCAUAGCUGUCCUCGACAGUCGGCCAUGUUUAUGUGGCGUUGUAAACACCCGCCCCCACUUCCCUUAACCUGUUCCUUACAAUGAAUUCACUCAUGAUUUGUUUUGCACCGGCUUUAAGUGAAGUGAAAUGACAAACGAUUUACUUUAAAUUAGUCACUGUUGCUCAAGCAACUGCCAGCCAGACACAGACAACACUGGUGUAUUUGGUAGAGAAGAAUGGCAUUUUACAGAGAGUUAUAACACGCUGUUAUGCAAUGAAUGUGAUGUCCAGACCUUGUAUGUAUUGCUAUUAUUAGAGUAUUUGAAAUAUUCUUACCUUUCUCUGUCAUAUUUUGUCUGUUUCAGAUUUCAGUAUGGGAAGGGCUUGGUGAUGUACCCAGAGAUAGGAGACAAGCUGGACAUUAUCUGCCCAAAGGCAGAUAUGGGGCGGCCGUAUGAGUUUUACAAACUAUACCUGGUGAAGAAGAACCAGGCAGACCAAUGCAGAACAGUCAUGGACCCCAAUGUGUUGGUCAACUGCAACAAGCCUGAGAAGGACAUCAAAUUCACCAUCAAGUUUCAGGAGUUCAGUCCAAACUACAUGGGCCUGGAGUUCAAAAAGAACAGAAAUUACUACAUCACAUGUGAGUAUCUGACAUUUAACCACACUGAUGCAUCUUAUUUUACAUCUAUAGACGUUGUAUUGUUGCUUAGAAAUUACAACACGAUUGUUCCUAGAUUAUUCAUAUCUAAAUACGGUCCCGACAUGGAAUAGAAUUGCAAACAAUUCACGAGGCUUUUCCUUAAUCUACAAUUUAGAAACGGGUAUUGCAGUGCUGCGAUAAGAUCAAACAAUUGUAUUUUCCAUGGGCUUAAAGGGAUACUUCCUGAUUUUGGCAAUGAAGCCCUUUAUCUACUUCUCCAGAGUAAGAUGAACUCGUGGGAUACCAUUUUUAUGUCUCUGCGUGCAGUUUGAAGGAAGUUGCUAACUACAGUUAGCGCAAUUGCUAACUAGCAUUAGUGCAAUGACUGGAAGUCUAUGGUAACUGCUAGCUGCUAGUAGAUGCCAUAGACUUCCAGCUAUUAUGCUAACGCUAGUUAGCAUUGGCUUGUGAAACUACAGUGGCUUGCGAAAGUAUUCACCCCCCUUGGCAGUUUUCCUAUUUUGUUGCCUUACAACCUGGAAUUAAAAUGGAUUUUUUGGGGUGUUUUAAUCAUUUGAUUUACACAACAUGCCUACCACUUUGAAGAUGCAAAAAAAAAUUUGUCUUGUGAAACAAACAAGAAAUAAGACAAAAAAACAGAAAACUUCAGUGUGCAUAACUAUUCACCAAACGUGUUUGCUUAUUUUUUCUUUAAGCAAUGGCUUUUUUUCUGGCCACUCUUCCGUAAAGCCCAGCUCUGUGGAGUGUACGGCUUAAAGUGGUCCUAUGGACAGAUACUCCAAUCUCCGCUGUGGAGCUUUGCAGCUCCUUCAGGGUUAUCUUUGGUCUCUUUGUUGCCUCUCUGAUUAAUGCCCUCCUUGCCUGGUCCGUGAGUUUUGGUGGGCGGCCCUCUCUUGGCAGGUUUGUUGUGGUGCAUAUUCUUUCCAUUAUUUAAUAAUGGAUUUAAUGGUGUUCCGUGGGAUGUUCAAAGUUUCUGAUAUUUUUUUAUAACCCAACCCUCAUCUGUACUUCUCCACAACUUUGUCCCUGACCUGUUUGGUGAGUCCCUUGGUCUUCAUGGUGCCGCUUGCUUGGUGGUGACCCUUGCUUAGUGGUGUUGCUGACUCUGGGGUCUUUCAGAACAGUGUAUAUAUACUGAGAUCAUGUGACAGAUCAUGUGACACUUAGAUUGCACACAGGUGGACUUUAUUUAACAAAUUAUGUGGUCCUCUGUAGCUCAGCUGGUAGAGCACGGCGCUUCUAACGCUAAGGUAGUGGGUUCGAUCCCCGGGACCACCCAUACACAAAAAAAAAAAAUGUAUGCACGCAUGACUGUAAGUCGCUUUGGAUAAAAGCGUCUGCUAAAUGGCAUAUUAAUUAAUUAAUGUGACUUCUGAAGGUAAUUGGUUGCACCAGAUCUUAUUUAAGGAAAUCAUAGCAAAGAGUGUGAAUACGUAUGCACGCACCACUUUUCCAUUAUUUAUUUUUUAUACUUUUUUUAAACAAGUUAUUUUUUUAAUUUCACUUCACCAAUUUGGACUAUUUUGUGUAUGUCCAUUACAUGAAAUCCAAAUAAAAAUCAAUUUAAAUUACAGGUUGUAAUGCAACAAAAUAGGAAAAACGCCAAGGGGGAUGAAUACUUUUGCAAGGCACUGUACCUCUUAACUUCCUUCAUACUGGAUGCAGAGACAUAAAAAUGGUAUCCAUGAGUUCAUCUGACUCUGGGGAAGUAGAUAAAGGGCUUCAUUGCCAAAAUCCUUAAGUAUCCCUUUAAUGUUCCUUUGUAUGUCACAUACACAGUUGAAGUCGGAAGUUUACAUACACUUAGGUUGGAGUCAUUAAAACUUGUUUUUCAACCACUCCACACAUUUCUUGUUAAGAAACUAUAGUUUUGUCAAGUUGGUUAGGACAUCUACUUUUGCAUGACACAAGUCAUCUUUCCAACAAUUGUUUACAGACAGAUUAUUUCACUAAUAAUUCACUGUAUCGCAAUUCCAGUGGGUCAGAAGUUUACAUACACUAAGUUGACUGUGCCUUUAAACAGCUUGGAAAAUUCCAGAAAAUGAUGUCAUGGCUGUAGAAGCUUCUGAUAGGCUAAUUGACAUCAUUCGAGUCAAUUGGAGGUGUACCUGUGGAUGUAUUUCAAGGCCUACCUUCAAACUCAAUGCCUCUUUGCUUGAUAUCAUGGGAGAUGGGAGAAUCAAAAGAAAUCAGCCAAGACCUCAGAAAAAUAAUUGUAGGCCUCCACAAGUCUGGUUCAUCCUUGGGAGAAAUUUCCAAACGCCUGAAGGUACCACAUUCAUCUGUACAAACAAUAGUACGCAAGUAUAAACACCAUGGGACCACGCAGCCAUCAUACCGCUCAGGAAGGAGACGCGUUCUAUCUCCUAGAGAUGAACGUACUUUGGUGCGAAAAUUGGAAAUCAAUCCCAGAACAUCAGCAAAGGACCUUGUGAAGAUGCUGGAGGAAACAGGUACAAAAGUAUCUAUAUCCACAGUAAAACGAGUCCUAUAUCGACAUAACCUGAAAGGCCGCUCAGCAAGGAAGAAGCCACUGCUCCAAAACCGCCAUUAAAAAGCCAUACUAUGGUUUGCAUCUGCACAUGGGGACAGAGAUCGUACUUUUUGGAGAAAUGUCCUCUGGUCUAAUGAAACAAAAAUAUAACUGUUUGGCCAUAAUAACCAUUGUUAUGUUUGGAGGAAAAAGGGGGCGCUUGCAAGCCGAAUAACACCAUCACAACCGUGAAGCAUGGGGGGUGGCAGCAUCAUGCUGUGGGGGUGCUUUGCUGCAGGAGGGACUGGUGCACUUCACAAAAUAGAUGGCAUCAUGAGGAAGGAAAAUUAUGUGGAUAUAUUGAAGCAACAUCUAAAGACAUCAGUCAGGAAGUUAAAGCUUGGUCGCGAAUGGGUCUUCCAAAUGGACAAUGACACCAAGCAUACUUCCAAAGUUGUGGCAAACUGGCUUAAGGACAACAAAGUCAAGGUAUUGGAGUGGCCAUCACAAUGCCCUGACCUCAAUCCUAUAGAACAUUUGUAGGCAGAACUAAAAAAGUGUGUGCGAGCAAGGAGGCCUACAAACCUGACUCAGUUACACCAGCUCUGUCAGGAGGAAUGGGACAAAAUUCACCCAACAUAUUGUGGGAAGCUUGUGGAAGGCUACCUGAAACGUUUGACCCAAGUUAAACAAUUUAAAGUCAAUGCUACCAAAUACUAAUUGAGUGUAUGUAAACUUCUGACCCACUGGGAAUGUGAUGAAAUAAAUAAAAGCUGAAAUAAAUCAUUCUCUCUACUAUUAUUCUGACAUUUCACAUUCUUAAAAUAAAGUGGUGAUCCUAACUGACCUAAGACAGGGAAUUUUUACUAGGAUUAAAUGUCAGGAAUUGUGAAAAACUUAGUUUAAAUUUAUUUGGCUAAGGUGUAUGUAAACUUCCGACUUCAACUGUAGAUGCUGGCUCUUUUUCUUCGAAUACAAGGUUUCUGAAAGAGACCUGUCUAGUACAACUGAAUUGAUUAUCCUUCUGCUGAGCCUGAAAUCGUUACAGGUCACAUUAACCUCCCUCAGCACAACAUAAACAUUUUCUUAAGGUCGUCUGACUAUAAUGUAUGUUGAAUUAAAAUCUUAUCAGGUAGUCCUUGGUCGGGAAUGCCUGAGUGGCCUUGAGUAUCUUUUGACCCGUUGUUUUUAAGUGCAGCCACUACUAGCCUAGUUCUCCCUGCUCAGCGCAACUCUAAGCGCAGAGGGGUCUCUGAAUUUUCUGAGGCGAAAUUGUUUCUGUCAGAUCCGGUCAGUUGCAAAAACACUUCAACUCUGGCAGAGGGGUCAGCUCCAGUCAAGCAGGCCUGAUUUGUUCUGUUACACAUCGCUGAGCCGAGUCCAUUGGCUCUGACACCGUAACACCAGCACAUAAUCGACUUCACCCGACUCCACAGGUCCACAGGCCCAUGGCUGCUUUUCUUUAACCCUUUGAUCCACAUGGUAUGUCUUUAGAUCAUCACUGGUGGCUGGCUGGGGAAGGAGCUCUGCUAUUGUCCUAUCCUUUCACAGAUCUAGCAUCAGAACAUCAAUGACACCAUAAUGUCCAGUCUCACUGAUAACCGGUCUUCCAAACCAACGUGGAUGGCCCAUAAAAACACACUAAAUGACUGGUGAAGCAUGAAAAAGCUCUUCCAACAUUGAUACUUCUCUAUUAGGAAAGCAAACAUAUUGUGUCUUUGCCACAAACUGAUUACAUUUCUGAUUGUCCUUGAAAGUAGUCAGUAUAUUUUCCUCAUGUUCUUUAGUCCAGUUCCAAAAAGAACAAUUUUUUUUUUUUUUUUUUUUUAAUGAUGUGGUUGCAGGAGUAAAUGGGCCACAUUUAUCAAAACAUGUGUGCACACUGCAGCAGUGCCAGCCACACACGCACAGAAUGUUGGAUAAGGUAUCCAGUAUUCUUUUGACAUCAUUUGAUAAACAGUGCCUCUUUUUUUUGUUGGAACACCCUUGAUAAAGGGGAAAUGAGCUCAAGUGCUUGUUUAAUUAGUGAACUCUGCAGCUCUCUGAGUAGUGGUGGAUUAGUGAUGAAGAUGAGAGGUGAGGCAGAGUGCACUCUACACUGCGUAUUCACUUGUUUCUUCGUAAAUCAAAGUGAGGUUUGAUAAAACGCACGACGUCCAUUGCCAAGAAUGCUGCUGCCUGUGAGAGUAUCUCUCUGAGAUCUGACUGACUUUGUCUUUGAUCCCCUAAUCCAGGGUUUCCCAAACUCGGUCCUGGGUGCACGUUUUGGUUUUUGCCCUAACACUACACAGCUGAUUCAAAUAAUCAAAGCUUGAUGAUGAGUUUAUUAUUUGAAUCAGCUGUGUAGUGCUAGGGUGAAAACCAAAACGUGCACCCCGGGUGGUCCCAGGACCGAGUUUGGGAAACCCUGAUCAAUAGCAGUCAACAUCUGCUGAGUGUAUAUGCCAGACACAUUGUUGGAGGAGCAUGUUUUCCUCAUUUUACUUUUAAAAGACAAGAGAAAAAUAUAUGUUCAUAAGCCAUUGAAAAUAUAAUCUGUUAUAUGUCAAUUUUUAGAACAUAUGUAAUUAGUUUACUUCUCAGUGUAUUGAAACUAGGGCUGGGCGGUAUACCGUAUUUUACUAUAUACCGGUUUCGAUGCACGGACCGGUUUGGGUUUUUACUUUACCCUCUAUAACGGUAUUUCAAUGUUUGGUUUGUUAAAUGUGAAACGCAAAGGUGCGUGUAAUGUCUGUUUUUGUAGUUUACGUUUGCUACUUGAAUCGUCUUUCUCCCUAUCCUCCUGGUGCAUGCCACUUCCCACACCAAGCCCUGCCCCUCAAGGAGAGAGCAGUUGCUCGAUCACAGUCACGAGCACUGUCUUGCUGUUCAUUCUGCAGCCUGCAUGGUCAGAUAGAUGCAACAAGAUGUUGGUGACAUGCUGCUUUUCACUAUUAGUUUGUGUAUCUUACUGUCUGCAAACUACUGUCUGCUAGUUUGUCUUUUCAUAGCAUGUUGUGGCUCAAAUAAACCUUGUUAGCCGCUAAUGCUAAUUGCUAGUAAGCUGGCUAGCUAGCUUGCUAAAUGUACUAAGAGUCAGAGCAAACGUAGCUAGGCAUGUUGUUUGUGCAACGGUAUCAAAGAUUUUUAUAACUAACCCAAGAUAGACCAGAGCCUGCCAUUUCCAAUGGGAGCAAAUUAAUCAUAGUGGGCAAAACAUGCAAGGAUGGGGGCAGAGCCAAGCAUGAGCUAGUGAGAUCCUAUUGGCGUGUUCUAGCAUUUAUUUGCAUAUUUCUGUUAGGGAACACCUACUCUGUGAAGUGCGCGUGUGCAAUAACUCAAUUCGCCCUUGCACUCCUUCUAAACAACGCAAUUUUUUGAAACUUUGGCUAAGGGUCAAGUCUACAGAACGCAGUCCACUCUGUUUGUUACAUAUUUUAGUUUUGGAAACAGAAAACUGUAUGGAGAUCAAAUGUUUAAUCGAUGAGAAAAUUAGAAAAAUGUCGGACAGAAUUCAUCUCGCUCCAUCUUCUCCCACUGGCGGCCACUGGGCUUCCUCUCAUCACCAUGUUUGGUAGUGAGUGGAAACAUCAACCAGAAAAAUCUGGCUCAUUGUUCUAUCUGUGGCGGUAUCUUCUAAAUCAGAGAGGAAUAGGCGAAGCAUGUAUAUGUCAGUUAGCUACAUGAGGUAAGAAAACAUGUAUUGUAACAUCUAAUUACACUCACCUGGAAACACUGACCAACAACUUUGGUUCCUACCCUGUCAAUAAUUCCUCCGUAUUUGUUCGUUGUCAUGUCAAACGACAAUGAGCCCGGUUACAUGCACACAACAAUAUGAUUAUUGUGGAUAGUCAGAUUAAUAUAAUGGUUAUUUUAAAACGUUUGCAUGCUUUGCGAGAAGAACGAUUUUCCUAAUAAUCCUGUUUACAUGGACACAUCUGAAAUCAGGCUACCUGAUGGGACUUAAAUCAAUGCAGAAAAUCAGCAAUCAAAAUAAACGUUCUACCACAGUGACCAUGUUAUUUUUGCAAAGCCUAUUUGAUUCUAUGUUCGGACAUAUAAAGUUUGUAUGUGAAAACUAUUUCGAAGACGCAUACUUUCAGUUUAUCCGAACUCACUUCACUCGCGCAUAAGAGAGAGGCUUGCGCUACCGGUGCUAGCACAUGCACAGAUCAAAUACACAGCUUGAACGCUGAUUAAGCUGUUUACAUGUCCUAAUCAUUUGAAAGAUUGCUCAGAAAACCAGGUGUUUUAAUUGGCAUAUGCUUACUUCGAUGUUGACCUUACACCGAUUAAGAUAAUAAAAAAACUUUAUUGACCUGAAAUUAGUACUGAAUGCAGGUAAACCUAAGCAUAUGUUGUCCUCUAGAGCACAUAAAUAUAAGUCUGAUUAUUUAAGCAUAUGUACUUUGGAUGGUGUCCAUAUUGAUCGUGUCCCUGCUUACAAAUAUCUGGGCAUCUGGAUAGAUGAAAAGCUGUCUUUUAAAAAGCGUAUUGAUGAGUUAGUUAAGAAGCUGAGAAUAAAAAUGGGCUUCUUCUAUAGAAAAAGGUCCUGCCUCUCGCUAAAUAGUAGAAAGCAGAUUAUGCAGUUUACGUUCCUAGACUAAGGCGACAUCAUCUACUGUAUAUGAUCGCAGCUGCCACUUCAUUAAAGCCGUUAGAUGCAGUUUAUCAUAGCACAUUGCGCUUUAUUACGGUGACAAUUUUAGUACUCAUCACUGCAUUCUAUACCAAAAAGUUUGUUGGCCCUCUUUGAUGUCAAGUAGGUUAAUACAUUGCUAUGUUUUCAUUUAUAAAGCCUUUUUGCAAAAAGUUCCACUGUACCUAACAUCAUUAAUAAAGUUUAGACAUACGAGUUAUAUUGAAUGACAAAGCUGUAAAACAUUAUCCUAAAUAUAAACCAUCAAUUUAGUGAUUACAAUUGAUGUUUAAUAUGAGGGUUUCAGCAUAAAAUAUUCUUUAUCAUUUUUUUUUCUAUGUCAAUAUGUAUUUUUGGUCAAUGUUUUAGCAUCAAACUGGUGGCAGUUGUGAAGAAAAGUCAAUAUUUGGAAGAGUUGUAGAGUUUAUAGAAAAUAAUAAUAUUGUUGAUUAGAUGCUUUUUUUCAUUAAUUAGGCUAUUUUCUCUUUUUUUGCCAGUAUCAUGCAGCCCUGCGUGGCACCGUUUGGAAAUGAUAACAAAAGUGCAGGAAAUGCAGACAUUUAUGAAAAUGCUGAAAAUGAAGUUGGAUUGAACAGUAUAGAACAGUCAGAAUAGAGAAAGCCCCAUUGAAAUCACUUAUAAUGUAUGUGUUGCCACCCUAGGGUCAUUUACUACUCAUAAUGCAUAUUGAAAACUUGUAUUAUUUAAAAGCAUAAAAUACUGUCAAAUACCAUUGUCAAAAAUGUGAAAAAUAUCUGCAUUUUCUUUCUCCAGAAAAUUGAGAGAGAUCUUAGGGGUUACAUUUAGACUGUACCAAGGGCGUAUAAAGCUGUUUUAUGGGCCCAAGUAGUUCUUAUGACGUUAGGGAAAAUAAAGUACCUUGAAGAGUUUCCCUAUUGAGGUCAGAUCUUUGUUUCCUUUGACUCAAAACAGCUGACCAUGAAAACUCCUCAGACAGCACAGAUUCAUCAUGCACUAUAUUGAAUUGGUAUGCCAAAACGUCUCAAUCUAACUCUGGGAUAACGAUUUUUCUAUUAGGUAUCACUCUGCUGAUAAGAUUAAACUUCCUUGGCUCUUUUAUAUAAAUGUCUCGAGGCAAUGGGACCCAGCUGCUCCAGCUCUGUGUGUACUUUAACUCUCUGUCGCUCAGAAUAACUGUGUUGCUCUAUGACAUACUUGUUAUUGCUCUGUGGCAGAGUAGCCAUAAUGCUUUAUCACAUAGUUUUAUACUGCUCUGUAAACAUCAUCAGACCAGAGAAAAUGCCUCUAAUUUGCUCCAGUGAUGGGUGGAGAAUGCAGCACACGGAGGAGGCUAGCAUUAACUUUUUAUCUCCCUCUCUCCUCAGAAUUAAAAAAUAUGGUCUUUGGCAUAGUUCCCUCACAUUGUGUACACAGACAUGGAGAGGAUUAUCUUUGUUGACUGUAUGCAAACUGGUAUAGCUUUCUCAUAUGCCCCCGUGGUGUGGGUCUUUCCCCAUGUGCCCCUGUGCAGAGGGUCAGCGAGUCUCAGCAGGAGGGGUGUCAGUGAUAACCCACUGAUGACAACUCCAGCCCUACCACCAUUUGGCAGCAGGGCCAGACCACAGGGCUGCAGGAGAAAGAAACAGACAUACUGAAGUGAUUAUACUCCCAGAUAGAAAGAAACAAUCCCCCAAACAAAAAUCCAUCUUAGCAUGGAGUUCUUCCAUGCUAAUCAUCUCAUGCUCUUUUCAAAAGACGACACAUCCCCUGCUUUGAACAAUGUGUAUGUCUAUGGAGGUGUUUUGAUGGGAGAACCUAUUUUCUCAUCUGCACACUGAUUCCCUGUAACCCUCCACGGCUGAUAGUGACGCAUUGUGACAGCUGCCACUCCAGUUGGGGCGGGGGAUUGGGGACCCAUGAAUUGGUUUGAGAAAGAGAGGCCGUGAUGUGGGGGGUGUUGUCUGUGUUUGUGUGAGUGUGUGUGGGAGUGGGGGUGUGCACAUACAGUACGUGAGUCUGCAUGCGUAUGUGUGUGCAUAUGUGAUUGUGUGUGUGAGUGAGAGUGUGUGUGUUUGUGUGUGUGUGUGUGCGUGUGCGUGCACUGGGUGGGAUGGUGGGCUGUUGGCAGGACAUGGCCAUAAUCUACUAAAUGCCUCUGGAAACUGAGCUGAUUGGCACCACAGCCUGAAUUUCCAUCCAGUGCAUUGCAGGGGCAGAAGAGGACAUGUGUGCAAGAAAGGCUGAGUAGGGAGAUGGUACAAGAUAAUAAAAACAAGACCUUAUGCCCUAUAGUACACCUACAUGAGAUAUAUUGUGAAAGAAAUGCUUGAAGCUCCUCAGAGAACCAUAGAUUUGAACAAUUACAUAAAACAAUGAGUACAAUUUCAAGCAAACAAACCGUUUGAAUGUUUUUCAGCAUUAAAGUUAUCCCAUUAUGUUUCCCGAGUCAUUUGAUAUGGCCCCUGCUGUUACAGCAAAACACAACAAAGCCUUCCCAGGCAGCGUCUUUCAGGACCUGUUACUUCCAUAGCUCUCCCACACCAUGUGUAGUGCAUUUCCUUCUCCCAUAAUCUCCCUCUGCUCGAUUCAGUUCAUAAAGCACUGUGUCUGUAGAAUUCACAGUAGCUUUGAAGAUCUUCAAUCCUGGGCCCGAUUACAAUUAAACUCUUUCAUCAUGUUCCGCUAACAUCAUCUCUCGCUGACAUAAUUUCUCUAAAAUGUUAUAGUACUCGCAACAUUAGAAUGCGUUACACACAAAAAUCUGUCUAUCAAGAAAAAGAUGACAGAAAUUAGCUAUUCAAGCGGAACAUCACUGAUGCUUAGUCAUUGGUUCAACAGGCUGACUAGUCUCUUGUUAAUUGGACUCAGUGGCUUGCUGCUUGGCGAACUGGUUUCUAUCACCAGGCCACGUUACUUGUGUAUCCAGUUAACUGGUCUCUGUUACUGGUCCAGCUCGCUAACUGAGCUUGACUCAAAAGCCUUCCUCUAGCAAUUUAAAUGGAUGUGAAACACAAACUCAGCCAAACAGCUGCUCAGGCAUUACUCAAUUUUUAUGACAGACUGCACCGAUCCGUCCGAUCAUAUAUUCCCCAUGUUGCCGCUUGUCUAUUGUCCUGAUUCCUCUUGGUCUUCCAUGCCUGGCGUAAACCCCCUCUGGAGGUGUCCUUCAUAUCAGGUUAAUCAGGAAGCAGCCAGAGAGCUGCAGGAGCCUUGUCACUGAGGUAGAGGGAAUCGCAGUGUAAUUGGGCCAGAUAUAGCACCAUUCCCCCCUGAGCACUGUGGAUACAGGAGGGGAAGGGGGAGAUUUGUCAUGGAGGCUCCCUCAGACAGCUGACUCUAAUCUUCAACCCAGCCCCAGGAAUGAUGUCAUCUGCUGCACUCCAUCUUACCUCUGACACACCAUGACAUCUCCACCGUCUACCAGUCUGUUUAAGACCUUAAAAUGACAGUCUCUCAUCGCACACGGGCAAAGAUGCAACGAGAGAUACACAACUGGGCCAAUAUUCUUCAUAUGUAUGCAGUGUGGGCUGUAGGCCAUGGAAGAAUAUGCAUGUCCUUGUGAAACUUGGGAGUUAAUUGUCAUGUCACAUAACAGUGUAAUUACUGUGAUUUGGCAUCAAAUGAAAUUGGCUUUGCCUUGAGUUUUAGAAAGUGGAAAUGUGAGAAAAGACAUGCAUUAGCAUGAGGUUUGCGACUAAAAGAGAAAAAAAGGGUCUGGUAUUGUCUAAGAGGGAAGAUAAUGUGAAAAGCAUGAUCCUGGAAACAUUAAUGUCAUGCUCUCUAGAGAAGUAUUAAAAAGCUGGAAAAUACUGAAAAAUGAAGAACAGGAAAUUUACAGUUGAAAGGUUCUCUUUUUAUCACUAGUUCAACUGGUCCCUGGAAACGCCUAAUGGUUUGUUUUAUCAGGAAUAGGUCCAAAUGAAGGCAUUAUGAAAAAUGUAAGGCCUAUCUAGUUUAUUGUGUUGCACAUGUCACAACAAUGGUGCUGGAGUGUAGGACUUUUGCUCAGGGUUUAAUUAUCUAGGGCCUGGUUUAUUCUAAAAAGCCUCUGAUUAUUUUUUGAUAGUCAUCGCAGGCCUAGACUGCACCUUGAGGGUGAGAUCAGAGCCCUUCCGGAGCUGACUGGGAUGCAUAAGGAAGUUGAAUAGCCGGUCACUUUGGAAUAAAGAACAGAUGAUUCUGAUUUUGAGGACAUAACCCUGGCUUUGAUGUACCGCUAUGCAGCCACAGCUUUUGGAGCUGGCCUGAGACAACAUUUUUCAUAUGCCACAGAUGAAGAAUGAGAAUUACCGGGUUCAUUUUCUUUUACAGUGGCUGCCAUGUGAGGGGGUUCACGUUUCCCUGAGGUGGGGACCAAGGGGCUUUCCAUAGUGGUCGCUAUUAUAGUGUUGAGAACAUUCUAUUCAGAUGUUUAUUCAAAUGAUGUGAGGUGGUAACUAAACUCCUAAAUCUCUGUGUGACCCACAGUGUCAAAGGCUUGAGUUAUAUCAGACAGAAGCAGUGUGUGGUGAAUAACCUUUUUUUUUUAAAACUGAAAAUAGAAAUCAGUCAUAGAGUUGUCAGUCACAUGAAAUGUAAAGGAGUCAGUUGUCCCAUAAAAUAGUGUGAUAGUGUGAAAAGUUUAAAAGUGUGUUAAAUAGCAACAUAUAUCUACCGGAUCUGCAUUUUUUCGUUUCCACUUCCCUGUUUUUGACAUGUUUACUCUCUUGAUGUGAAUGUAAUGGGCGUUUUGGUUACAAGAAGCAUAUUUAUCGUUCGCUCUCCAGACAACACAUUUGAUCGCAGGCUUUGGAGUUCCGACAAAGCAUAUGCUUUAGAUUUUUUAUCUAAUUGCAAACAUAGGUGCUGUCGAGAUCAUAAGCCAAGCUUUCCUUUUGUUUCCAGAAGCCUCUGCUUUCAUGGUAUACAUCCAAUCUUAGAUCAUUUUUUUUUAAUGAACUGACCUCAUUGAAAGCUUGAAUUUCUUAAAAGGGGCCCAAUCAGCAAACUACUUUCAACAUUACUAGUCUGUAGAGCAGUUCUCAGAGGAUUAGAUACUGUUUUAGAGAAAUACCUUUACCCUCUUCUCUCCUUUCUCUUGUGUAGGGGUGAAGAUGAGAAUGAACUAGCUUUGUUUAGUUUUUUAUGAGAUUCCUGUGUGGAGCUGUGGAGAUGAUUAAAGUUGACCUUUGCUUCUUCAGAGAGUAGCUGUUUUUUCAGUUAUUGGUCAGUCUCUGCUUCUUCAAAACACUGAACCAUCUGAGCCCCCGCAUGGAUCAGAACCUCUACCUGUUGCCAUAGCGAUGUCCCUAAGGUAGUCAGCUAGGCCUUUGGGGGCCAUAGAGUGAGGCAUGAUGGGACGUAGUGAUGAUGCGUGUUAUUUAGGGUAAUGAGUGCGCCCCCUGCUCCCUGUGCAUACACAGCUGAAACUAAGGCUAAUUUAACACCAAUUCCUGCUUUCAGGGGGCUGAGGAGAGAGGGUAGUUAAGUCAAUGCUCUUUCAGAAAGCUCACAGUGUAAGAUCAAGCUUGCAGAGUUCCAUCAAACUGUCCAACAAACCUGGAUAUAUAUUUUUAAACAUUUAAAUAAAAUUGCUUGGAGAAGCCUUAGAACACGUGCCGCGAUUAUAAAUGGUAGGCUACAGUUCACUAUUUUGGACCAAUGUAAUUUUGAAUAACAGUUCAUUGCGAUCUGAAAUUUGAAAAUUACUGCAGUAGUUGUGUUCACUUAUAUAUCAUUAAGAUAAAUGAGAGCAAUCAUAAUCAGAGAAAAGUGUUUCUGCUAAUGGGAUUUCUAGCUGGAUGUGAAAUUCCUCUUUUUAAACCAUCCAUCUCAGUCCUGGCCAAAGGAUUAGUUGUUGUGGAAAGUAUUUAAUAUGUUAGGGUUUCACAAGUCACUGUUGACUUUAACCAUGCCUCAGUCGAUGAAAUCAGAAGGGCACUAUGAAAAGGUCAGUGCUGGUACUGUCAGAUCCAUCUUAGACAGGGAGCGCAGAGAGGAAAACCAGGCAUGCCCCAAUCUACUGUAAUUUGUCUUUGUUUAUGAGCAACAAUAGAGUGUGGAGACAAAACAUCCUCCUAACGAGCCUUCCUCCAAGACUUUGAUGUCUCAGCAAACUCUCUAUUGAUGCUCUAAAACAAAUAGAUGUGCUAACAUGGAUAUUGCUAGUUGCUCUCAAUUUGAAAAUGUCCAACGCCUCUCCACAGGUCUUUGUCUUCCUUUCUCAUGACAUCUGAGAUAAAGCUGUAAGCAAACACUGAGUGGGCAUUCCGCCUUUCAUUCUAUCAAUCUACUUCUCAGAGUCGUUUAGAAAACACUUUUGCUGAAAUGUUGCUAAGAGCCAUGAUUUGUUUUGUAUAUCAUUGAUAUGAGUAAAACUUCUUAAGGUGAAGUUUCUGUUGAUGUUAUCAUAAUAUACUGGAGUCCCACUUGGAACAGUAAUUCAAAGUGUUAGAUAUCCCUGUAGAGUAGAUGAUACCAUGUCCUUGGAGAAGAUAGCUGAGAUAUGUUUACUCAGACCUCAGAGUCACUCAGACAAGAAUAACUGUGAGAUAAUUGUGAAAAUACGCUUCAUCAUGAAUUUCCUUGUGUGUUCUGUGUGCUGGAAAACCAGCCAUGUCAGGUUUCCUGGCUUCUCAGGCUGUAUGAUAAGGAGUGGCUUGUAUACCACCCACACAGUUAGACAAUCAAUAUUAAGUGGUACUUCUGAAGCCUCCAGAGACCUAGUACAGACUGCUGUGGGAAUACACGUUGAGCUGCUUUUACAGUGUCUCUUGUGUGGUAAGUACUUUGUCCUUUAAAAGACAAUUAGUUUUAUUAGAAAUAGAAAACAUCAAGACAAUUAGAGAAGCCAAAUGAGAGAAACAAAACAUAUCUAUCACGCCCACCCAACAAGCACAACCAAGUACAUAUGCACACCACCAAACCAUGUAAUAUGUCCUAAGUUCUACACCAUGUAUUCCUUAUACCAGUUUGGGAGCAGCUCCAUCUUGGUCAGUGUAUAAGGGUCUGAUAAAGUUUGUCCCACUGCUAUCUCAUUGCACCGUUUGCACCGAUCCAUAAAUUCUCCUGGCAUCAAUUGGAUUGUAGGGGGCUGUUUAGUCCCAGGGCUGUCAAUCCUGUACAGAAUGGAUGGUGCGACUUUACAGGGAGCAAGUUAAGAUGCCAUUUUUCUCAUUUAAACAUCCAUCACUUUAACAUAAAUAAAAGAUAAGGAUAUAGUCAGGACCACAGUCCUGGGAGGCUGUGAUUUGUCUUUGGAAAUUAGUGGAGUCUAUUGGUUCACUCGGGCUAAGGCACUGCAUCUCUGUGCUUGAGGUGUCACUACAGACCCCCUGGUUGGAUUCCAGGCUGUAUCACAACCGGCCGUGAUUGGGAGUCCCAUAGGGUGGCGCACAAUUGGCCCAGCGUCGCCGGUGUAGGCCGUCAUUGUAAAUAAGAAUUUGUUCUUAACUGACUUGCCUAGUUAAAUGAAAAAUAAAAAUGAACCUCCUGCCAGGUGGGGGACCGCAUAACACUAUUAUGUGUUUCCUAUCAUAGACAAUUCUUGAGUUCAAAUAUCAAAUUACAAACACUCUGCAGCACAGUAGCUGAGGAGGAGUGAGGACCCAAAUGUUUGAAGAACCCAUAUAUCGGUGGUUAACACUGUUUUGUUUUUUGUUUUUUGUUUUUUUUACUAUCCUAUCCAGAAGUCCUCACAACGAUAGUAAAACAAGGAAAAUUCCACAAGGAAAAAGGCUAUUUUAGGCUUAGAGGUUUAGGGCUAGGGUUAGAAUUAGGGUUAGUGUUAGGGGUUAGGUUAGGGUUAGCGGUUAGGGGUUAGGGAAAAUAGGAUUUUUAAUGGGAAUCAAUUGUUUGGUCUCCAUAAGGAUAGUAAAACAAACGUGUGUGUUUGUGAUGAAAUACUGUAGGUGUUCUAGACCGAGUUAGUACCAAGCUAUAUAGGUGUAUGAUAAAGCUACACAAAUCUGAAGGCUUUUUUAUGUUACUCUCACCUUUUAUACUAAAGAUGAACUGCAGUAUGUUCACAGGAUGUGAGGUGGUGAUGCAUGGUGCUACAAUUAUGCUGUAUAUACAGUAGGAUGGGGGAUUUGAGUUGUCCCCAUGGAAAAGAGUUCGGAAAGUGUAAAAUCCAGCUGGCAGUAUAAUAUAUGGCAUUUAGCAGACACUUUUAUCCAAAGCUACUUACAGUGAUGCGUGCAUACAUUUUAUGUAGGGGUGGUCCCGGGAAUCAAACUCAAUACCCUGGCGUUACAAGCGCCAUGCUCUACAAACUGAGCUACAAAGGCCCACAGUUUAUUAAAUGUCACAUCUGCCUAUUGGAGGGGGAGUGAAUAGACGCUAAAGCGCUUCAGCUCCAGUGUUGGAAUGCUGGCAGGCUUCUCUCGACUGGAAGAAAAGCGAUAUGUGAGGCUACACCAUUCAAGUAACAUGCCAUUUCCAUCCCUACAUUGCGCCAAGAUUUCUAUAGGAAAACAAAAGACAGAAAGAUCUACCUAAGUCAAAGGUUCUUGUGCAUACCUAAAUUCUGCCUACUUAAAGAAAAUCAGUUGUUUCAUUUUUCAUUUGAGGGAUUUCAUGAUGUUUGGAAGUAUGCAGCAUAAAGAUAAAUAUGUGCACAGAAAAUAAUAGGUUAAAUAAACAUUUCACAUCAAGAUUUCUGUUUUAAUUGCUUUCUGAAACUGUUUUGAUCCCAUUCUAUUUGAUCCCACUACGUGAAUCAGUUUGGACAAGAAUGAAAAUGACAUCCCCUCUCAACCAUUGUAAACCUUGUAAAUCCCUAUUUUAGUAUGACCUUGAGAAUAAAGGAUCUUUGAAAGCUGUAUUCAGCAGUAUCAAAUGUUUGUUUCCAGAGUUCAGUAGUUUUCUAAUGAAACCCUUCUGGUGUCUCUUGAAGGCUUGUAUAUUAUCUCUGUAGUUUCCUUCGAGCGAAAUCAAAUACUCCCAGCUUGCAGGAAGUGCCUUCGAGUCAUCGUCUCCUCUGUCACUCUGCAGCACCCGAGUUUGGGUUUCAGUUAACAGUGGUAGAGAGUUACCCAGAACAAGUCUUUUGGGGUCCCUCCAACUCACUAUUUCUGUCAAAAACGCCGCCUCACCAAUGGCAAACAAUUACAGCGCCUGUGCAUCAUCUUUAAACAUGGGUUACAGCUUUGAUCUGUGCUGUGUGUGUAAUUACAGCUAUGCCUGUUAAACUGGGGAUUUGGGCAAAACUAGUCAUUCACUGGUCCCUGUCAAGCUCAGACAACCUACCCAAUACAUAAAUGAAGUCACAUGGAACCGAAGUAAAUGUUGACUUUUAAAUUUUCACUUGACUGCUGUCAAAAUAAAAAAAAAGACACAUCUGAGGGCUUUUCAUUAUUGUUACCUCGCUGGAGUGUUUAUAGCCAUACAGAACCCCUGUUGUGGAAAUAUUGAGCACGUCUCUCCCGGAUGUGCUUGAAAGACAACACUCAUAACCCACAAUUAAAUGUCUGUUCAAACACAGGCGCCCUCUCAGGCGCCCUCUAUGCACCUACAGCCAUCUUAGCAGCCAUGGGGACCCUCACAGAGCCUGCUGACAGGUUCAGUGGGAGAAAUAAAAAAUGUGUCUCCCUUCAUUUCCGUCAAAGCCCUGCUUUGGUUCUGAUGUCGAGUAGUGAGCCUGUAGUCUCAUUCUGAUGUGAGGCGGGGAGACGGUGGCGGCGGCGGGGCUGAUCUCCUCCCUCCUCCCCCUUCCUGGUCUGGGACUCCCAGCUCCCAUGGUGCAGCUGGCACCCGGGAUUUAAAGGUCGUCCUUAAUAUCAUUGGCGGAGCUGAGUGUGCUGUAAUCUCGCAACAGCGCUGAAAUCUCCCCUCCGGACCCUCAUCUUAAUUUGGCAGCAGGCUGGUCAACUGUGCCUGAUCUGAUGGGGCAGCCUUGGGCCUUAGCCACUCUCCACAUUGAAGCCCUAAAACAACUGCUUCCAUUCCUAACCCAAAUCUUUUGCAUCUUAAUAUCUUACUGACCGUAAACACGGCCAAAACCCAGCUUCUCCCUAAAGAUAGAGUAAGCCCAAAAUGUUCUCAACAUUUCACAAGCAUAUAAUUAUAAUCUGCAUAACAUACCACAGUUUCUUACUUUUCCAGAUUUUCAUAUGUUUUUCUAUAUGGACAGAGUAGCUAGCUGCCAAUGUUUCCAGUGUCCCCUGUGUGUCUGUAUGAUGUGGGUCAGAGUAGCCGUGUCCUUGUCUCAGAAUGCUGAAUCCCACUCCAGUUUCUGUCAGGGUGGCUGCCUGGCGUAGUCCUUGGAACACUGUUGUCAGUGCUCAUCUGGGAGUUGAGUUUACAACGACCCAUUCUAUCCCCUAAGCCUAUCACUCAUCAAGGCUUUUUAAAGGUGAUUUGCACUGUUUGCUUGCUUUGUUUUCUCUGUGCCUUUUCUGGCCGUUUGUCCUGAGGUUUUAAAGUGGUGGGUUAGUGAAGGUCCUGUCACCACUGAAACAGAUUAACUGUGUUUCUGUCAGACGGGGCAAAGCUCAAACAUGUCAGAUGGUGUUUGGGGCAAAGAUGCCACUAUUAGUUACAGUACGUUACAGGAAAGAAUACAGAAGUUGUAACCUAAACAUUAUGGGCCUGUGGUCCUGUAUACACGAGAGUUCUGUAAUAACCCUAAAUGAAUGUAAUAAAACAUCAUUUAUUGAAGAAUUUUUGCUAUUUUUGCAAAUGUAUAAUAAUGACAGUACAGAUGGACCUUGCCACAUGUUGAUUCAUGCAUGAGUACAUGUUAUUGCUCAGUGAACACAUGUACAGGACUGUGUAGAAGUGUCUGUCUACGCAUUUUAUAGAAGCAUGCUACAGAGCACAUUGAGAAUUCAAAAUGGAUUGCAUGAUUUUUAGUUUUUGGAGUGUGUCUUUGUUAUUUGAUCUAAGUACACACAGAAGACCCAUUUUUGGACGAAUCGUGUUUGCUUAAAAGAUUGCGUGCGUUGGUGUAUAUGUGGUGAUGUGGUAUUGGCUGCACAAAGAGGAACAUCCAUAGCGUCCUACAAACUGAAAUGACAGUUAAGCUUGGAGAUACUCUCUGUAUUUUGUUUGUUGGCUAAAUGAGGACAAACCACAGAGAAUGUCAACCGUAUAACAAACUGUCUUGCUUCAUAACCUCACCCACAGUCUUACAAUGAGUAAAUAAGUCUCCCUUCAGAUUGGCUUAUGUUCCAACAAGCAGCACAGUAUCUGUGCUGUUGCAGUUACAUACAAGUACUGUAUGAUAGCCUGCUAGAUCAUGCAUGCUUGUCUGGGACUUUUUGUCCUCGGAGCGAAGACAGAAACCAUAAUCAAGAGGAAACAUGUUGGAGUUAAUUAGAGGUGCUGAAGGAAAAAACCUAGAACGGCACACCAUUUAUUUUACAGUCAUGACAGAAGCCUCCCUCGGAGAAACACACUAAAGCACAUAGAGCAUAUUCUUGGCAAAUUAAUUAUGUGCUAAUGCCAGUUGCUUCCCUCCCCCCAGUGGUAAGGAACCAAACAACCAAUGCUAUGAAUCAAACAGAAGGGGAUUUUUAUAACUUGUGUCCUUUUCUCGUGGUAGCUAUACAGUAGGGGAGAGUGGGGAAGAGGUCAUAAUUUCAUGGGUCUGCGAAGGAAGAAACCACAUGGAAAAAGUGGUAAGCAAGUUGGGUCUAAAAAGCUGAUUUUCAUCAAGUCAAAUUAAUGUAUUGGGGUAGAGGUUUCAUGAUGCUUGUAUCUAAACCAAAGUAGAUCAUUUUAAGAUUGUUUUAUACAUCAGUUGGGAUCUCUAUAAGCUUCAAUAUGAGGUCCUAAACCUAGCAUGAAAGUGGAUCCUUGUAGCUGUGUGGCCUAAUAUACAAUAAAACCAUUAAACGCAGAGUCUCAAAUAGCCGCCUGUCACUUUUAAUAGCUGGGCAACGACACACAUUUCAGCAAAUAAAUGGCUGUUUCAAAUAAACGUUGGGUCUAAAUGAUUUGGUUACGAGGUUACCAUGAAUUACCAUGAACUGUUUACAAGGUUUAAUGUUUGAUUUGUUACAUAAACAAAUUCAGUAAUGACUCGAAAAAAUUAUUGCAAUAAUCCGUUUCUAUCGCCAGUAAGAAACUGCUAGCCAUUGGUUGCUAACAGCUGAGGACUGCUAGCUACAGUACCUGGCAAUCACAAAAACAGUCAAGAACUUCAGGAGUACAGAACCCUAGAAAUCAACAGAUCGCCCUCUAGUGGUAAAAGUGAGAAUGGACAAAAAUGCUCAGUCAGAGGAGAAUAAUUAUUGUCAAGGAAAAGUGUAGUUUUUUUUUCAAAAUAGAGGCAUACUAAGACAAAAGAAAAGUGACAUAGUGUGUAAAUGAUAAUUAAUUAUUUAAAUGUUUUCAACAAUUAACUAUGCAAAUGAGCAAAAGCUGUGUGCAUUAAGGAAAUAGACGCAGGGCUCAAAUAGAAGCCUGUCUCUAAUAAGCACUUGUUGUGUUCAGUGAUUCAAGCAGAUAAACGCCCGGGGUAAUAAUUGAAGUUUUAUGGUAUUCAAAAUGUUUGCCUUGGGGUAAGUUGAGCGAAUGGCCAUGGGGUAAGUUGAGCCAAUGGUUGAGCUAAUGGAAAGUUUAAUAGCAAAUGUAAGUGUUUUCUCUAAUGCCUUGCAUUACGCCUGGGAUAUGAGGUAACAACAGGGCCUGGCCUAUGUUAAAAGUGUAAAAAAAAAAAAUUGUGUUUUGGAAAUAAAGAUAGACAUGGUUUUAAAAAGGUAGUGGUAAUAUUUCAUUCAGUGCAGAAAUGUGUAGGUGGCUUAACUUACCCUGUCCAGCUGCUCAACUUACCCCAUACACGGGGUAAGUCGUGCCAAGAGACUGUAAUAUUUACAUUAAUUCUGAUUAUUUCAAGGGAUACACAACAUCCCAAAAUAUAUGUAGAUAUCUUUUUUUUUCUCGAAAGUAUACUAUAUUUCCCUUGAUGGAGUGAUGCUGAAUGUAAAAAAUGUCUCAGCUUACCCCACCCUCUCCUAACUCAUUUUUAUUUUGAGCACCAUAUAUUAAAAAAGGGUCCCAUCUCAGUCAUAUAAAUAUACAUUUACAUUCUGAUAUCAUACUAAUGCUAUUUUCACUUUUAAUGUUCAGCAGCACUAACCAAAGGUUUUUCUGUACUUUUUGUACUCUUGCAUUAGCUCACUCAAUGGAAUUGAACAAGCUAUAGCAGUAGACUGUAAAUCAUUCUCAGACCUGGACUAUGCACUAUUUGAUCCACAUUCUUUGGAUAUAAAUAAACAUUUGUCCUGAUAAUUUGAGGUGGUAAAAUACCAAUAGUUUAGUAAUGUUACAGAUAACGGACAGGAGGUGUUUUUAUCAACUUAAAUCAUUGAUCUAUUGGAUAAGAAGGGAACUUUUUGUCGAUACAGGCUGUCAGGCAAGAAGUGUCCCCAGUCCCUAAACUAAUCUGUUCAAAUCUCAAGAUGUCCUCAAGAUGUUUUUGGUACACUAUAGUACAGUUAGGGACAAAAAACUACAUUUUCCUAGUACCCCCAAAACGGAAUAGUUUGAGUAUUGUCCUUGAAUUGUUAUUUUCUUUUAUGACUAUUACUAUUUUUCCAGACUCUGUUUCAUGGCACGAGUGCAGUACCUUUGUUGAAGGUGAAUGAUAGAGACCAUUGUUGUUGCAAGAUAUCUUUCCAACAUCUCAGAGCCCCGUGAGUUGUGAAACGUGACCCCUAGUUCACUUGAAAACAGAAGUCAGUUUCAGCAGCUGUGGAAGAGAUGGGACUGCUGAUGACCUCGCCCCCACACCCUGCUUCAUAUCCUGUGUUAAAUGAUGUUUUCCCAGUUCAAAGGUUGGCCUUGACAGUCCUGGAACCAACUAAGAGUUUCCUCAUUACAAUGGUGAACAACAGUAUACAGUGUUUACAACAAUAGCAACUGCAAUGCAUGUUAUAUAAUUCCCUUAUCCUGUCUCAGUGAUGCUGUGAUUUCCUUUCCUAGAAUCUAACAAAGUGUUUCUCUGAUGGGCAGCAGAUUUGGCCAUAUUUGGAGGCCUUGUUGGAUAGAGUUGUCUGUCUGUCUCUCUGCCCUGCUUCUCGCGGGCACGGUGGCAUGCUCACAUUGUGCAUGACGACUCGGUCGGAGCCUGGCAUCUCUCCCAGGCCUAUGCAUCUUAAUAGUUGUGACAUCAUUCAGGGCAGCAGGGCUCUCUCCCACUCACCGCCUCAACCUUCCACUAACAGAGUGUUAAGGAUCCAUUCUGAAAACUAAAACACAAUUUGUUCUUUGGGUUAAGUGCUGUAAGCUAUUGUUUUUCACGCAUCCAUUCUCACUUCAUGAGUGCUCUAAACCUAAUAAGACAAUCCCACAUGUUUGAUGACAGAAUUCCCAUUGAACUAAAUUAGUUCAAAGUUUAUCUAUCAAGUGAAGGGUUCUAUUUGUGGAAUACAGGACAACUAUAGGAUGUCUGAGACAGUUGGUUUCUGAGAAACAUGCUCAGUCUACUUCGUGGUCAAUGCAAUCAGAAAAUACUAAUGAAUUGUGUCUAGGGGUUUUCUUCCCUUGCUCCAUCAAACCAUUCAAGGUUAGCUUUUCACUUUUAUUUAAAGCCAACAUUAGUUUGCUGGGGCCUCUCUCGACUGACGGAGAGGUCUCAAUUGGUAGUAGUAGUGAAAGAGAGUAACAGAAAUUACCCUGCAUGAUAGAGCAUGAAAUGUGAAGGAGACAGGCAGGUAAUGUAAUCAGCUAAGGUCAAGGCUUGUAGAUAGAUAAGGUUCCACGUUUAAUCCCUGCAUGGGCCAAUAGUCAAUGAGAUUGUCUUCUCACUGUACCUCUCAAGCUCCUUACCUUAAUGAAUCCGUUUCCAUUAUAAUGUUUCUGCCAAUAUAUUCAGGGUCUCAUUAGUACAUUGGCGUCAAUGUAAGCUCCUUUUAAGCUUAGCCUGUAAAACAAAAUAACUCAAAUUCUCCUUUUGUUCUAUCUGGCUACGCCAUAAGAAUGAAUUGCUAAUCCAAAAUGUUUGUAAUGAACUCAGUUUUGUGUGUCCUCUGUCUUCUAAUUGCAUCCUUGAAGAAUGAAAAACUAAAUGUGGGAAAGAAAGAGGGAAAUCGGGUUCACAGGCCUCCCAUUCUGUGUUGUUGAGCAGUUGGUGAUUUGAGCCAGUGGUGUGGUGGGAUACCUCUGCUGGAGCAGUGCCACAUGCCCCAUUCUCACCGGCCCACCGCCAUUGUGCCUGGGCUCCACUGAGAGGGGCUUUGAUUCUCCUGGAGAGGGACCUUAUUAGUCAAACACUCUCCUACAUGGCAACUCAUUCAUGACUCUUAAUGAGGGGAGAAUCUGGACCAGCUAAUAAGGUGGCCGUUCCUUUAGUGCCUUGUGAGGAGGAGAAUGGAGCAGAUGGAGAAAAAAGCGGAGGUUUCUGGAGGUGAAAAUACCCAACGAGCAGGUCUGAAAAGAAUCAAACGGGGCAGGGUGGGGCACCGGCUUUCACUGGCAUGGAAACCGCCCCCUCGUAUCUAUGGGCUGAGAGAAUUAUCUAGAACCCGAUCCAUAUUCACACUCCUUGGUCCUAGAGAGUGCCAAUUGCGCCCCGUUUCUGUGACUUAAGUCCUUGGGAAGCAGAGCUGACAGGAGCAACACAGGGAGACAGAGACCCUAUUGGCUUCCCCUGUCCCCCAGCCUCCUCAGCUCCCCUCAGUGGGAAUUGAUUUUAAGGAAAACCCCUCAGAGAUAAGGGCUGCAGGCCACUAUGCCACCCAGUCUCUAAUUACAGGACAUGCCGAAAGAGAAAGCUAAGCCCCUGGCAUUUGCAGCUCGCCAUAAUUGCUUCUGGCAUAACUUGCUUUGCCAAAUGUUUGGUACAUUUCUUCAGCAAAAAGGAAAGAACAAAAACCUCUUUAAGCUUUGGAGAGGAGGGUAGAGAGUGAGGGUGGGAAGGUGGGUAAAAAUGUGAUUACCACACAUAAAAAUGUUGGACUAUACAGUGUGUACACCUUCCUCUCUCCACAUGUAUGAUUUCAGCAGUGUUUUGAAAGCACCACAUUCCCCUGGGAUCAGAUUACUAUCACAGCCAUGUCUUAGUAAGAGGAGAGCCCACUCAAGGGCUUUUCAUCAUCCAUUUUCAUCAUCCAUUUCAUUCCCCGUGUCUAGAUAUAAGCAGCACACACAAGAGGAAUGUAUAGAGAGCCUUGUAUUUACGUGGUCCUCAAACUACAACCCGAGUGGAUAUUACCAAUGUGCGGUUAAAAGAUGAAAAUCUGUUGUAAGCAACAACAGGUAUAUACCUGUAUCUACAUUAGGGGGUUAGAAAAUUAUUUUCUCAGCACAAGUGGUUAGAUGAUAUCUUAUGAGGCAUGGACAGCAACCAUUGUGCAGUUUUCUGAAUGAUCUUUUAAAUAAUUGCAUCCAUCAGUGUCCAGUGAUAUAGCUAUAUGUAGAGAUUUAUAGAGAUCUCUUCAUGAAUGAACAAUCAAGCCGUACAUUAAUUCUGAGUGGCUGUAAUUAUUAUUUAUGUUCCAAUGCUGUUUCCUGUCUCUCAUCACAGCCACGUCCAAUGGGACCCUGGAGGGCCUGGAGAACAGGGAAGGAGGGGUCUGCAACACCCUCUCCAUGAAGAUCGUCAUGAAAGUGGGCCAGGGUAAGUAAGCGUCUCGAUGUGGACUGGCUGGAAUGCCAGAAAGCAGUAAAAGGCAGUCACAAUAGAGCCAGGCAGGAUAUAACUAUGGAUGAGUGAUAAUGAAAGCUUUUUAGGGGAACUGUCAUUACGAGGAGAAUUUAAUGAGCUAUUGUUCAUAUAGCCAGACAACCAGGCAUGGGUUUUUACAGUGGGAUACUCCACUCCGCUACUCACAGUGUGUGGAGAAUCGUCUAGUGACUUCAUCUCUCAUAAAAUAAGGGCCUCAGACAUCACAUUUCACUCCAUUCUUUACUUUUCUUUUUUGAGAAGGGAAAGAUGAAACAAAGAAAAGCUCUUGUGCAAAUACAGACAGACACACUGAAACACUUUCUCACACAUACCAAAAUAACUCACUCACACAAUGAAAAAAUGAAAGCUGUGGAAAAUAUUCAGGACAUUCCAGAGAGCAUGUUACAGGCUACCUGUUGUCCUAUUACUUAGAGGGCCUGUCGGUCUAAGAUGAAUGAGAUUGCUUUGCCUGAAGAGCCCAGGUUUCUCACACACUGUCACUCUCUUUAACGUAUUUAAACCUCGUCUCUCACACAGUGUCACAAACUCAAAUAAGUGUUGACAUUGUUAUCCAAAUGAGGCAGCAGCCUCCAAGUGCUCCUUAACAGAAUGUGAAUGCAUUGAGAUAAGUGGGGCAAGAGUUCCCAGGCAUUCUACAUUGAUGUGAUGUGGGCUGUCUAAUCUGCCAUGGCAUGCCCCCACUAGCCUUGAUAAAUAACACUGUGCAACAUGUAUACGCAUUUGUCUCAAUAAAUUACCACGUUGACAGUGGAUUACGAGGCCAACACAAACCAUUUCAGCAGAAAUCAAUGUGAUGAAGGAAUAAAGACGUAUACCGCAUGCACCAUCAGCCGUGUAAAACAGAUGAGACCACUGGAAAAAAAACUGAGGUCUCCAUAUAGAUACCAUCAAUCAUCACAUGCACUCUCCCUCUCCUUAACCCCUCACUGGUAUAUUGGCCCACUCAUCUGGGUCUCUAAAAAUACCUUUGCUUGGCCUGGCGUCAUGCAAGGAGUGUCAGGGUCGGUCUAAAUGCCUGCCCUAGUCCCCGUCACAUCCAAAACAAACAAACCACAAAGAGAGGGUUGGCCGAUAAGACUCUCAUUCUACACAUAGGGGCUGUUACAUAGUCUGUGGAUAAUUUUUUAUAGCUGACUUGAGAUAAUAAUAAUCAUUGUUGGCUUGACAUUCCUUUUGUCUUUCUCAAGACUUGUUUGCGUAAAGCUGUGUUUAAUAUACGGUAACCACUAUAAAUAAAAAUAAAUUGGUCAUUUAGCAGACACUCUUAUCCAGAGCGACUUUCAGGAGCAAUUAGGGUUAAGUGCCUUGCUCAAGGGCACAUCGACAGAUUUUUCACCUAGUCGGCUUGGGGAUUAGAACCAGUGACCUUUCGGUUACUGGUACAACGCUCUUAACCACGAAGCUACCUGCCGCCACUAUGAUAGGAGCUAGGAAACAGUCAAAAGAUUAUAUAGGCUAUGUAAUUAACAUUGCUGUCACGUGCAGGCUGUUACAGUUGGAAUGCAACAGUUUAUUUCUUUAUGAUUUGGGGCAAUGACGUUACCGACCCUAGGGCAUAGUACAUUCAGCUGUGUGUUUGCUGAAGGAUUGGGUCUUAUUUUCAGCCAGUGAGUCAUAGCAACUCUAUUGCCACAAAUAAUGUGGACACAGAGAAACGGUUCACAUACAAUGAAGUAAUGAGGAAAUAGUAUCGUCCCUUUGUUUUUAUUACACUGACUCAUCCAGGACAACGGUCACUAAAGGAUGAUUGUAAACAACACACAAAACAAUGAACAAACAUAUUAUUAGAAGAUGAUAUACAGCACAGUACUAAUCCCUUUGUAAAAAUAAAAAUAAUGAUAUGCAUAUCCAUCUUUUUCAUGGAGAGAACUUUGUCUCUAACAAAAUGCAUUUGUUAACCAAAAUGUCAAUGAUUGGAGAAGAUUAUAUGACUAAUAUCUGGAUAUGUAACAACGGUUAGUGCUAUCCGGAAUCCUUGGGACGUCCCUACCCUAAACCAUAAACCUAACCUUAACCCUAACCAUAUAUCUUACCUAACCCUAACCUUAACCCUUACCUUAACAGUUUGUAAUGUCAACUUCAAUGGGAUGACUUCAGAGUUGGACUUUGCCAUGUAACAACAGACUGUGUCAGAAUCAGCUGAUGCACUUCCUCAUACUCUUGGAUUACUGCACACUAUGAUAUUUAAUUUAUUGAUUUGUGUGUGAACAUUGAAUUUUAUGCAAUUAUCAGAUGACUAUUCACCCAUGAAAUGAGAUGGUGUGGCACCGUAUGCUGGUUAGUUUAAAUGGAGGCUGAUGGCCUCUCAUUUCCAACCAAAGCUUUUACAAUGUUAGUAUAAUGAGCAAGAGCAAGGCCUAUCGAUGUUUGAAACUCAGCUGAAUUGACCACUUUUAUAUUUAUAGCUAUGGAUGUGAAAUUUAUUUUUUAAACAAGCUGUCAUGUUAAGAUGUGUGAUAUUGUUUUGGGGGUGGAGAUUCUUCAGUUGUUGUUGACAGCCCAAUAUGUUGUGCUGCACAUUAGAAACCCUCACUCAGCAGUAGCAGACAGCACAGCACCAAUGCGUCUGGCACAAUAGUUCUCUUAACUGUAAUCAAACUGACAAAAUGAGGGUGCCAUUUAGAUCAGUGAUUCUCAGCUGGUGGGUCUUGACCCAAAUUAGGUUUUGAAUGGGUCGCGACUAAAAUCAGGUAGAAUGUGUGUAGAAAUGAUCAUUUAACCUCUGAACUAUUUUUCUUCAAUCACAGUAUUUUCAAUAUAGAGUUAUUAGCAGCGCUAUUUAGCGGAUUUGGUUGAUUUUGUGGUCUCAAGCCAGAGAGCUUAACAUUCUCCAUGAAGAAUAUGGGCAAAAUUGAAUUAUUGACAAUGAAAAACUUGGGACUGUUGUUCCCUUGUCAUAUAAUUGGUACAUCUACUAUCAAUAUAGUAUAAAAAAUAGUUUUCCAAAUUGCAUUUUAGGGAAAGAAAUUGUGAUGCGAGUAUUGGAUUGCGACUGAGAAAACCUGGUUCAAGUUGGGUCCCAAGGCAAAGCCAGUUGAGAACCACUGAUUUAAAUUAUACAUAGCACACUGUAGCAGCAAUAUGAGCUGGUUUAAAAUUAGCUGUUAAAAUGAAUAUCAGUAUGCCAUUAUAAAUAUUGUGUUAACAUCUAAAGAGACACACAACGUUCUGGUCAUAGACUUUUUUAUGUUAAAAUUUAUUAGGAUCCCCAUUAGCCGAUACCAAUGGUGACAGCUAGUCUUACUGGGGUCCGACACAUAAUGGAAAAAGACAUUAGAGACAAAAUACUUUACAAUUGACAUACAUUUAAAAACAUGAACAUGUAGUGUGUGUGUGUGUGUGUGUGUGUGUGCGCUCUGUAGCUCAGCUGGUAGAGCACGGCGCUUGUAACGCCAAGGUAGUGGGUUCGAUCCCCGGGACCACCCAUACACAAAAAUGUAUGCACGCAUGACUGUAAGUCGCUUUGGAUAAAAGCGUCUGCUAAAUGGCAUAUUAUAUUAUUAUAUCAAUUACACAUACAUGUUAGUACAUACACACAACAAGUAGGUCACAUGGGGGAGAGGCAUUGUGCCGUGAGGUGUUGCUUUAUUUAUUUUUUUAAACCAGGUUUGCUGUUCACUUGCGCUAUAUAAGAUGGAAGGGAGUUCCAUGCACUCAUGGCUCUGUAUAGUACUGUACGUUUCCUUGAAUUUGUUUUGGACCUGGAGACUGUGAACAGACCCCUGGUGGCAUGUCUGGUGGGGUAAGUGUGUGUGUCAGUGCUAUAUGUAAGGUGACUAUGCAAACAAUUUGUAAUUUCCAACACAUUCAUGUUUCUUAUAAAAACAAGAAGUGACGCAGUCAGUCUUUCCUCAACUUUUAGCCAAGAGAGACUGGCAUGCAUAGUAUUAAUAUUAGCCCUCUGAUUACAAUAAAGAGCAAGACGUGCCACUCUUUUCUGGGCCAGCUGCAACUUAACUAGGUAUUUCUUUGCAGCACUUGACCAUAUGGCUGGACAAUAAUCAAGAUAAGAUAAAACUAGAGCCUGCAGGAAUUGCUUUGUGGAGUGUGUUGUCAAAAAAGUGGGCCAUCUCUUUAUUAUGGACAGACCUCUCCCCAUCUUUACAACCAUUGAAUCUAUAUGUUUUGACCAUGACAGUUUACAAUCUAUGGUAACACCAAGUAAUUUAGUCUCCUCAACUUGUUCAACAGCCACACUAUUCAUUACCAGAUGCAGCUGAGGUCUAGAACUUGGGGAAUAAUUUGUACCGAAUACAAUGCUCUUAGUUUUAGAGAUGUUCAGGACCAGUUUAUUACUGGCCAUCCAUUCCAAAACAGACUGCAACUGUUUGUUAAGGGUUUCAGUGACUUCAUUAGCUGUGGUUGCUGGUGCGUAUAUGGUUGAAUCAUCAGCAUACAUUGACACACAUGCUUUGUUUAAUGCCAGUGGCAGGUCAUUGGUAAAAAUAUAAAAGAGUAGAGGGCCUAGAGAGCUGCCCUGUGGUACACCACACUUUACAUGUUUUACAUUAGAGUAGCUUCCAUUAAAGAAAACUCUCUGAGUUCUAUUAGAUAGAUAGCUCUGAAUCCACGAUAUGGCAGGGGUUGAAAAGCCAAAAGUUUUCUCAACAACAGGUUAUGGUCAAUAAUAUCAAAGGCUGCACUGAAAUCUAACAGUACAGCUCCCAUAAUCUUCUUCUUCUUAAUUUCAUCAGUCGUUUGUGUCAGUGCAGUACAUGUUGAGUGCCCUUCUCUAUAAGCAUACUGAAAGUCUGUUGUUAAUUUGUUUACAGAUAAAUAGCAUUGUAUUUGGUCAAACACAAUUUUUUCCAAAAGUUUACCAAGAGCUGGCAGUAAGCUGAUAGGUCUGCUGUUAGAACCAGUAAAGGCCGCUUUACCACUCUUCGGUAGCGGAAUGACUUUGGUUUCCCUCCAGGCCUGAGUACAAAGACUUUCCUCUAGGCUUAGAUUAAAGAUAUGACAGAUAGGAGAGGCUAUAGAGUCAGCUACCAUCCUCAGUAGCUUUCCAUAUAAGUUGCCAAUGCCAGGAGGUUUGUCAUUAUUGAUUCGAUAACAAUAAUUUUUCCACCUCUCCCACACUAACUUUACAAAAUUCAAACUUGCAAUGCUUUUCUUUCAUUAUUCGUUUUUUUAUGCAUGAGUACGAUGGCUCACUGUUCGUUGUUGGCAUUUCCUGCCUAAGUUUGCCCACUUUGCCAAUGAAGUAAUCAUUAAAAUAAUUGGCAACAUCAAAUGGUUUUGUGAUGAAUAAGCCAUCUGAUUCGAUGAAAGAUGGAGUUGAAUUAGUCUUUCUGCCCAUAAUUUCAUUUAAAGUACUCCAAAGUGUUUUUCUAUAAUUCUUUAUAUCAUUGAUCUUGGCUUCAUAAUACAGUUUCUUCUUCUAUUUGUUGAGUUUAGUCACAUAAUUUCUCAAUAUGCAGUAAGUCAGCCAGUCAGGUGUGCAGCCAGACUCCUUUUGCCCCAUCUCUUUCAACCAUACAGUUUUUCAAUUUCUCAUCAAUCCAUGGAGCCUUAACAGUUCUAACAGUCAGUUUCUUAACAGGUGCAUGUUUAUCAAUAAUUGGAAGAAGCAAUUUCAUAAAUGUAUCAAGUGCAGCGUUUGGAUGCUCCUUAUUAAUCACAUUAGACUAACAAAUAUUUUUUUACAUAAUCCACAUACAGUUGAAGUCGGAAAUGUACAUACACCUUAGCCAAAUACAUUUAAACUCAGUUUUUCACAAUUCCUGACAUUUAAUCCUAGUAAAAAUUCCCUGUCUUAGGUCAGUUAGGAUCACCACUUUAUUUUAAGAAUGUGAAAUGUCAGAAUAAUAGUAGAGAGAAUGAUUUGUUUCAGCUUUUAUUUCUUUCAUCACAUUCCCAGUGUGUCAGAAGUUUACAUACACUCAAUUAGUAUUUGGUAGCAUUGCCUUUAAAUUGUUUAACUUGAGUCAAACGUUUCAGGUAGCCUUCCACAAGCUUCCCACAAUAAGUUGGGUGAAUUUUGUCCCAUUCCUCCUGGCAGAGCUGGUGUAACUGAGUCAGGUUUGUAGGCCUCCUUGCUCGCACACGCUUUUUUAGUUCUGCCUACAAAUUUUCGAUAGGAUUGAGGUCAGAGCUUUGUGAUGGCCACUCCAAUACCUUGACUUUGUUGUCCUUAAGCCAUUUUGCCACAACUUUGGAAGUAUGCUUGGGGUCAUUGUCAAUUUGGAAGACCCAUUCGCGACCAAGCUUUAACCUCCUGACUGAUGUCUUGAGAUGUUGCUUCAAUAUAUCCACAUAAUCCGUGGUCCUCUGUAGCUCAGCUGGUAGAGCACGGCGCUUGUAACGCCAAGGUAGUGGGUUCGAUACCCGGGACCACCCAUACAAAAAAAAAAAAAAAAAAAACAGAAAAAAAACAACAAAAAAACGCUUCACGGUUGUGAUGGUGUUCUUCGGCUUGCAAGCACCCCCUUUUUCCUCCAAACAUAACGAUGGUCAUUAUGGCCAAACAGUUAUAUUUUUGUUUCAUUAGACCAGAGGAUAUUUCUCCAAAAAGUACGAUCUUUGUCCCCAUGUGCAGAUGUAAACCGUAGUCUGGCUUUUUUAUGGCGGUUUUGGAGCAGUGGCUUCUUCCUUGCUGAGCGGCCUUUCAGGUUAUGUCGAUAUAGGACUCGUUUUACUGUGGAUAUAGAUACUUUUGUACCUGUUUCCUCCAGCAUCUUCACAAGGUCCUUUGCUGUUGUUCUGGGAUUGAUUUGCAAUUUUCGCACCAAAGUACGUUCAUCUCUAGGAGAUAGAACGCGUCUCCUUCCUGAGCGGUAUGAUGGCUGCGUGGUCCCAUGGUGUUCAUACUUGCGUACUAUUGUUUGUACAGAUGAACGUGGUACCUUCAGGCGUUUGGAAAUUUCUCCCAAGGAUGAACCAGACUUGUGGAGGUCUACAAUUAGGUCUUGGCUGAUUUCUUUUACUUCUCCCAUGAUGUCAAGCAAAGAGGCAUUGAGUUUGAAGGUAGGCCUUGAAAUACAUCCACAGGUACACCUCCAAUUGACUCAAAUGAUGUCAAUUAGCCUAUCAGGAGCUUCUGCGGCCAUGACAUAAUUUUCUGGAAUUUUCCAAGCUCUUUAAAGGCACAGUCAACUUAGUGUAUGUAAACUUCUGAUCCACUGGAAUUGUGAUUCAGUGAAUUAUUAGUGAAAUAAUCUGUCUGUAAACAAUUGUUGGAAAGAUGACUUGUGUCAUGCACAAAGUAGAUGUUCUAACCGACUUGCCAAAACUGUAGUUUGUUAACAAGAAAUGUGUGGAGUGGUUGAAAAACUAGUUUUAAUGACUCCAACCUAAGUGUAUGUAAACUUCCGACUUCAACUAUAAGAGUCACAGCAAAAUAUUUUGUAUGAUCACUUAUACACUAUUUUAGGCCCAGCUAAACCUCCAUACUAUUUUAUGCCCAGCUAAACCUCCAUCUGGGCUCUUAAAAAUGCCAUUCUAAAAAUAGAACAAUUGGACAUUUAACUUCUACUUGUUUACUUGAUUUAGUUUACAAAUUUUUCUACAAACUAUUAUAGUCAAAUAAUUCCAAGAUCUCAAAGUUAUCUUGGGAGGAGGGGCAGUAAAACAGCAUAUGUACACCAGAGGAGGCUGGUGGGAGGAGUAAAGUCUCAUUGUAGAGACUGGAAUGGAAUAAAUGGAAUGGUAUCAAACACAUCAAACAUAUGGAAACUCUGUUCUAUAUAUUGCAUUGACUCUGUUCCAUGAAUUCCAUUCCAGCCAUUACAAUGAGCCUGUCCUCCUAUAGCUCCUACCACCAACCUCCUCUGAUGUACACUUCAAUGAUUUCCCAGUCAAUGAAAUCUCCCUUAAUGCCAGUGUAUUCAGACUACUCCCCUUAUGCUUUUGCAUUGAUGGCACUCAGGGGAACAAUGCAAAAAGGGUAACACUUUACUUAACACUGCUCAUAACCAUGUCAUAAUAUGUCACAACAGCUGACAUAACUUGACAUAACCUGUCAUAAUAUGGUCAUAACACUGUCAUGACCCAUAUGUACACCUGUUGUGACAUACAUUAUAUUGCAUUAUUUUAUGUCUGGUUAUGACACCUACAUAAGAGUGUCAAAACCCACAUUUAUUCAAAUUAUUGUUUUCCCUGUUAAGAAGUUUCCUUUCGUUUGAAAGUUUGUUUCUAAAAUCCUUUGUUGUUGUAAUGAAUUCUUUACAGCCAUGUUUUUUUCAUCAUAUUUUAAAUAACUUAUAGAAAAUCUGACACUGUCAUAAAGGAUUAUGACCAACCUGUGUCACUUUACUUGGGACUAAGAAAAUACACUUUAUGACACUGUCAAGAAACAUUAUGACCAACCUGUGUCACUUUACUUGGGACUAAGAAAAUACACUUUAUGAAACUGUCAAGAAGCAUUAUGACCAUCAUAAUCAUAUAAGCCAGAUAGGCCUAUCACGCACAUGCACUUAUAUCAGUCAUCAGUCAAAAAGAGGGUGUCUUGUCCUGCUCCUGAAAUCUGCUCCUGCAUUCAUCCCAGUCAUCAGCAACAGAGUAUUUGGGUAGGUGCAUGUCUGACAUCAAUGUGUGCGCAAUUACAAUGAUUUAAUAUGAUCACUAAAAAACAAACAUAAACAUACUGUUGACACGUAGGCUAUGGUGUAAUGGAAUGUUUUGCCUUGUGUGGUAGGUUUUGUGUGUUUUGACACUCUUAUGUAGGCAUCAUAACUAGCCAUCAAAUAACUACCGUGGUAGUUUUUGUGGGUUUUUACACUCUUAUGUAGGUGUUAUAACCAGCCAUAAAAUAAUGCAAUAUACUGUAUGUCACAACAGGUCUAAAUAUAUGGCAUGACAGUGUUAUGACCAAUUAACAGGUUAUGACAAGUUAUGUCAGCUGUUAUGACAUAUUAUGACAUGGUUAUGACCGUGUCAUAACGUGUUAUGACGCUAAGUGUCAAGUAAAGUCUUACCGCAAAAAGUGACUAAUGCCUUUUUGGCAGGAGAUGUUACAUAAUUUUUUAUAGCUUCAUUUGGGAGGGUAUAGGACAGACUGUCAUGCCUCAAACUUUAUAGUAAUUGGCUUUAAUUAUGACAUGAAAUUGGGGUCAAAGGAACUGAUUACUAUGGCUCCCAUUCCUCACCCCAUUUCAAAUCAUUAUUGGAAAAUGAUACUAAAAGGACCAACAGCAUGUACAAUAUUCACAUUGGCAUCUAACUUUGUUGACUUUCUUCGUCCAAAUUGCAGACCCGAACACGGUUGUACCGGACCCAGUGAUAACAGAGAAGCCCAGCCAAGAGGAAAAAGUUGGGAAGGAGACAACCACCAGCCCAAAUAAGAAGAAGGGGGGCAGUGGUGGGGCCGGGGAGCCAGGCAACAAAGGUGAGGAUGCUUAGACUUGUGGGAAAAUGAGUAUUUGCCGCAGUAUGACCCGUUUCCCUGUUUUGUGCUCUAGUCCUUAUUAUCAGUGUUCAAGAUUUGACUGUAACGUUCAAUGCCAAAAGGUAAUGGUUUUGCUUCCAAUGCUGUAUCCCACACUGUGAAACCAUUCUUAGUGCAUUUUCUCUGUACAAUGCUCCACAACAUCCGCCACACACACACACACAAACAUAUUAUAUUUUUCCCUUUUGGUUUGAGAAAGUUACACUGAUCCACUUUUUUUAAUUAUGCUGAGUAGUAAUGUGGAUAGACACGGUGCUCAAGUGUGGCAAUGAACAUUUUAAACCUUUAAAAUUUAAAUUUAGGCUGAGAUCUAGCCGCAGAUAAAGAGCAGGAUUUCUGCACAUUGGAUAGAUCCAUUUGUAUUUAUUUUGCUAGGGUUUCAGUCACCAGAAUGGUAUUUUUUUACAGGGAGGCAGAAAAUGCAGAAGUUUAUAUAGGUUUAGAAAGUCAUUUGGACCCAAUGGUUCUGGCUCUGCUGCAGGACAAAAUAAAAUCAGAUGUUCUGGAAAAAGUGGCCUUCCCUCUGAUCAUGGACAGCUGCCAAGUCUCCCACAGUGGGGUUUUCUUUCAAUGUGAAGGUUUGGCAGUCAUUUUUCUUGAUGUGUGUUUCUUUGAACUUUUGUUUCUGUCCUAUUCCUUUAACUGCAUAGAAGGAAGGAGAGCUCCGCCAUAACAACCUGUUGGGUCUGACUUACCCGAGAGCUCUCAUACCUCGGGUGAAGAGGAAUGUAAUAAAGGUCGAUGGUUUAUCAUGCCUGUCUGCACAGCUCCACAGCUGAACGCGGCCAAACGCACACAACUGAUCCAAAGCCAAUCAGGACAGCAGACAAAAUAUGCAUGGGUUUAUUGUCAGAGCUGCCAGCAGGACCAAAAUGAUACGUUUCAACUUACAAAUACUUCAGCAUUUAAACAUUUAGGGAUACUUUUGGAAGGUUUAUCCCUCUGCUAUAAAGUGAAAAGAUAUUGUGAGAUAUUCGGUACAAUGCUUUGCCUUUGUUGUGUUGGAACAUCGCCCUGCUUUGACAGAGGAGAACAGAUACCAUCGGUAAAUCAAAUAAAAUUUUAUUUGUCACAUGCACCAAAUACAACAGGUGUAGACUUCACCGUGAAAUGCUUACUUACGAGCCCUUUCCCAACAAUGCAGAGUUAAAAAGUAAGAACAUUUGCAACAAAAAAUUGGAAGUAGUAAUGUAAUAAAUAACAAUAACGAGGCUAUAUACAAGGAGUACCGGUACCGAGUCAAUGUGCAGGGGUAUGAGGUAGUUGAGGUAAUAUGUACAUAUAGGUAGGGGUAAAAGUGACUAGGCAAUCAGGAUAGAUAAUAAACAGAGUAGCAGCAGUGUAUGUGAAGAGUGUGAAAGUGUGUGUGUGUGUGUGUGGCAUCAAUGUGCAUGUGUGUGUGUUUUGUGUGUGUGGGAGCGUAUGUAGUAUGUGUGUGUGUUGGAGUGUCAGUGUAAGUAUGUGUGAGUGUGUGAGUCCAGUGAGUGUGCAUAGAUUCGGUGUAAGAGAGUCAGUGCAAAAAAGGGUCAAUGCAAAUAGUCCGGAUAGCCAUUUGAUUAACUGUUCAGUAAUCUUAUGGCUUAGGGUAGAAGCUGUUCAGGAGCCUUUUGGUUCCAGACUUGGCGCUCCGGUACCGCUUGCCAUUCGGUAGCAGAGUGAACAGUCUAUGGCUUGGGUGGCUGGGGUCUUUGACAUGGUAUAGAGGUCCUGGAUGGCAGGGAGCUCAGCCCCAGUGAUGUACUGGGCCGUCCGCACCACCCUCUGUAGCGCCUUGCAGUCAGAUGCCAAGCAGUUGCCAUACCAAGCAGUGAUGCAGCCAGCCAAGAUGCUCUAAAUGGUGUAGCUGUAUAACUUUUUGAGGGUCUGAGGGCCCAUGUCAAAUCUUUUCAGCCUCCUGAGGGGGUAGAGGCGUUGUCAUGCCUUAUUCACGACUGUGUUGGUGUGUGUGGACCAUGUUAAUUCCAUAGUGAUGUGUGACACUGAGGAACUUGAAGCUCUCGACCCGCUCCACUACAGCCCCGUCGAUGUGGAUGGGGGCUUGCUCUGCCCUCCGUUUCCUGUAGUCCACAAUCAGCUCCUUUGCCUUGCUAACGUUGAGGGAGAGGUUGUUGUCCUGGCACCACACUGCCAGGUAAUUGACUUCCGCCCUAUAGGCUGUCUCAUCGUCGUCGGUUAUCAGGCCUAGCACCAUCGUGUCAUCAGCAAACUUAAUGAUGUUGUUGGAGUCGUGUGCAGCCUCGCAGUCGUGGGUGAACAGGGAGUACAGGAGGGGACUAAGCAUACUCUCAAUGUAGCAGAAAAAUGCUUUUAACAAGGGAAACUGCUUCCUUCUGCCAAUCAUUCAAUCGAUAGAAAUAUAAAAUGUUGUUUUGCCUCUGUAAUACAAAGAGGUUAAACCUAAUUUGUAUGCACAUUUUCCCUGCGCUAUUAAGCUAUUUGGAAGCAGAAACGGUCUCCGUAGAAUGUGAGGAAAACACAUGAUAAAUAACACGUACUGUACAGUCAUUCAUGCUCAACAUCUAAAUUAAACUGGGUAGAGAGAUAGCCAGAAUAGAUUUCUAUAAAUUAUUCAGAACAUUCUGAAGUGUUGGCAUGGGUCUACAGUUAGGUGCAAAUGUGCAAAUGUGUUCACCCAGAAGUCAUUUGAAUAAUUCUAGUGUUUCAGAAUCAUUCAGACGAUCUUGAGGAAAACUAAUGUUCCAUGUCACGAUAACAUCCUCUUAUUAACUGGCAGGUGGUCUUGACUUCAUUAAUGUGAGCGAGAACAAACUAGUCUUUUGUUCACUCAACAUAUUUUUGUCAAGCAGGAAAAUAAAAGCAGUGGGGACCGACAGACACUGAUCACCUCCAUUGCCUUCAACACACACACACAUUGGGCUCAUGUACGAUCAAUAGUUGGUUGUUUUUCAUCUGCCAACUUUGAAAUGGGAUUUCCUUCCCCUUUCAUCAAGGUCAUCUUACCCUGCAAAAUAAAAUAACAAAUAAUAAGAGCUGAGGUUUGGUUCACUGUGGAAUCCAUCCCUCCAUCCCCAGUGUAAACGCAGCUAGCAGCCUCCGGUUUGACUGUGCAGCAGCAGCAUUGGGAGGGCAGGCAGGCAGACAGCCCUCGAAGCUGUGCUCCCAGGCAGGCAGCAGUGGAAGCUAUGCUCCCAGGCAGGCAGCGGUGGAAGCUGUGCUUCCAGGCAGGCAGGCAAAGCUGGGAUGCAGUGGAGUAUAAAUAGUGAAGGAAGGAAGGGAGGGUUAGGGAGGGAGGCUUCAGGACCACACAGGAAAUAGGCAUGCCACUCUAAUUGGACUCAGUCCUCAUCCUCUGUGUCUAAUGAGAGACUGGUGUUUUCUUUUCCCUCGAGCCGGUAAUAUACAUUUAAACAGUUUCUCUUCCUUUACCCCCUCAUGUGGAGUUUUAACAUAUGGCUAAACAUACACAGUUUAAUCCUCCCCUCGCUCUCAAGAUGCAUGCCAAGAAGAAAUGAGCUAUCAUCUGUGGAAAACUGACACCCCCACAUGCUCACAAAGGCCACACAGUCAGGAAGCCCCUAGUUACUCAGUCAAUUCAGAGAAAUAAUGGAAGAAGCCGUUUUUCUCAUUGAGAACCCAUUUGCACACUUGCAGGGUUCCACCUCUAUCAUGAUCAGCAACAGUACAGCUUUGUCUGACAGUCUGCCAAGCAGACCACUGCUCGUUCAUUCCCUGCUGCUAACUGAUUCCUUUUUUCUUCCAUCAACAGACACCAUGAACCAGGACAACAAGUCAGACUCGUCUGACUCAGCGGAGGGUAUCUUUGCCUCCAAGCCAGCGCUGUUUGCAGCCAUCGGGGCGGGAUGCGUCAUCUUCCUCCUGAUCAUCAUCAUCCUCAUCGUCCUGCUGAUCAAGCUGAAGAAGAGGAACCGCAAGCACACCCAGCAGCGGACCACCGCUCUGUCACUCAGCACGCUGGCCAGCCCCAAGUGCUCUGGGAACGCCGGCUCCGAACCCAGUGACAUCAUCAUCCCGCUACGGACUACAGAAAACAACUACUGCCCCCAUUACGAGAAGGUGAGCGGGGACUAUGGCCAUCCGGUUUAUAUAGUCCAGGAGAUGCCAGCGCAAAGCCCAGCCAACAUCUACUACAAGGUCUGA